AUGGCGUCCAGCAAUCUCUCCCACAGCGCUCAAAAAGUCGUCUCCGGUCCAAAUGCAGCCUUCAAGGACAAAGGCAAACCCAUGGAACUGCGCCUGUCGAACAUGGUAGCAGCGAAAGCUAUCAGCGAUGCUGUGCGGACGUCUUUGGGUCCACGAGGAAUGGAUAAGAUGAUCCAAACAUCGAAAGGAGAGGUCAUUGUGACGAAUGACGGUGCAACAAUCCUGAAAAGCAUUCAAGCUCUGCAUCCUGCUGCAAAAAUGUUGGUGGAUCUGUCUGCCGCACAAGACAUUGAAGCAGGCGAUGGUACAACUUCCGUCGUCGUGCUCGCUGGAAGCCUCCUCGGUGCAGCGGAGAAAAUGCUACAAAAAGGCAUCCAUCCUACGACUGUAGCCGACUCCUUCACCAAGGCAUCUGCCAAAGCUGUCGAGUACUUGACCGAAAUAUCCACUCCAGUCGAUCUCAACGACCGAGCAAGUCUUCUACGUGCUGCUAGUACCUCCUUAAACUCAAAGAUUGUUUCACAAUACUCGUCGACGCUGGCUCCGAUCGCCGUAGCUGCAGUCUCGCGGCUUGUCACUCCUACUUCGUCGAACGUUGACCUGAGAGAUAUCCGCGUGGUGAAGAAAAUUGGGGGAACGAUCGAGGACACCGAGCUGGUCGAGGGCGUUGUCCUGAACCAGAAUGUUGUCUCAGCUGGUGGACCUACACGCAUGGAAAAGGCCAAGAUCGCCAUAAUUCAAUUCCAGUUGAGCGCACCAAAACCUGAUAUGGACAAUACUGUGGUUAUCAACGAUUACCGCCUGAUGGAUAAAAUCAUCAAGGAAGGGCGUCAAUACAUCCUCAACAUGGUCAAGAAAAUCAAGAAGGCCAACUGCAAUGUCCUCCUCAUUCAAAAAUCUAUUCUUCGCGACGCCGUUGACGAGCUUGCAUUAAACUACCUCAAACGACUGAACAUCCUAGCUGUCAAAGAUGUCGAGCGAGACGAGAUUGAAUUCCUCUCGAAAAGCCUAGGGUGCAAGCCCAUAUCGGAUAUUGAAGCAUUUACCGAAGACAAGCUGGGUUAUGCCGAUCUGAUUGAAGAGACGAGUGAUUCAGAAGUAAAAGUUGUGCGGAUCACUGGCAUAAGGAAUCGCGGUAGGACAGUGAGCAUCCUUGCCACUGGAAGCAACCACCUCGUUGUCGACGAGUGCGAACGAAGCUUGCACGAUGCGUUGUGCGUGGUCCGCUGCUUAGUGAAAAAACGUGCCCUCAUUGGUGGCGGUGGUGCUCCAGAGAUUCACGUGUCUCGCUUGCUUUCGCAGUAUGCCCAAUCGCUCAAGGGCAUGGAAGCGUACUGUUUCCAGGCCUAUGCCGAUGCCCUCGAGGUCAUCCCUACGACCCUCGCUGAGAACGCUGGCUUGAACCCGAUUGCAAUCGAGGAUGUCGUCCAACCGCUGCUGGUGACAACAAGCGCCAUCGAACUUUCCACUGAAACCGUCUGCUUGCUCCUGAAGAUCGACGACUAUGUGCAAGCCCGGUGA